GAGAAUAAAAAGACAUUUUGUCACAAGCUGCAAUUUCUACUAAACAGGAUGGAGAAUAUUACCAAUUACCAGGAUGCAUUUCCAGAGGUUGAGCUAGAUUUUGAAGAUCUACAGUUCGAUGACAGUACUAAAUCUCAAACACAACUGGCCAUGGAUGAUGAUCUGAAAGACAUCGGAAAUCUCUGGGCAACAUCUGUCCAAGUUUCAAACAAGACAUUUACAGAUGUUUAUAAACAGGAAGAAAAUGCAGACAGUUCUGAUAACAGUGAAGAGAGUGCAUUGCAUAAUCUGCCUGAUGUAAAAACAGGAUCUACAGUUUACCUGCCUUCUGGAGUAUCUUAUGAACAGGUUUUAAAAAAGACAAUAAUGGAAACACAACAACUGAGCCAGACAUGCGAAGAGUACACUGUAGAGGAAGAAAACAGGAAAGGUGACUCAGAAACAGGUGUUCUUGCCGAUGUCAACACACAGAGAGAAGAAAGGUUCAGAGAGGAGGAAACCAUUAAACUUCAGUUUGAAUCUCCUGAGGGUCUGGACAUUUCUAGUGCAGAAUAUCCGCCAUUCAUGGAACAAACAUCACAUCCAGUGUCUAGUGGAACUCGGAUGAUACAGAAGAGAUCAUCAGUGUCAGAUGAGUCAGUCAGCUGCAGUGCAGAAGAUCAAACAUCCCAUUGUAAAUCUGAUGGUAACAAGGAUGAACUUUUUGUUGCAGGGUGCCAUGUCAGAUAUGAUUUGAGGGAGUUUACAGAGGAAGACCAAGAACAGGUAGAGGAAAGUCUUGCAGAAUACCCCUCAGAUUUAUCCCAAAGUGAAUCUGAGACAUGUGCUGAAAGUGGAAGGAACAAGCUGGUCAUCCCCUUAGAUAGCAGUUUUUGCUACGAUCACUCUGCACAUGAAAUAAAAGAUUCAUCUGGGGCAGAAGGAAACUUUCAAGAGCGAGAGAGAAAAACAGAUUGUUCUGCCACAGACAGUAAUUCUAAGAUUAAUAAACUAGGGAUUGAUUAUAUAUCAGAUAUAGCAGAUAUAAAUGUGUCAUUACAGACUGUGAAUGCCAAUGAAGAUGACCUCCAAGGGAUUCUAACAAAGGAUUAUAUCACAGUGGAAGACACCAAGAAUAAAGAGGACUCUGGAGAUGAAAGAGAUGUUAAUGACCAACCAGGUUAUGACAGUGACAUCAGUAAUGAUGACAACAGCACAAGUCAAGAAGAAACUAGUUUUCUCCCAUCUGAGAAGGACAAAUGGAAAAAUGUUACACAGCAUAACUUCACAGACGACACGGUGAGGGCUGAUAGUAUCAAUUACAAAGAGACAGAUAAGGAUGGUACAAAUGAUAGCAAUCUGGAGAAGUCUAUCCAUAGUGCAGAACAUUUGACUUUCAAUGUAUCAAUCAGUGAGGGCAAGGAGACAACCUCCACAAGCAAAACCUCUUUAUCAUAUGGCGAAUACUGUCACAAGGAAUCCAAUGAACAAUCCACAGAGUUGCACUCCAAACUUGAAAUAGUCCAGCUGGGCUCAGCCAUUAAAGAACAAGUCCAGUCACCUUCAGAGGUUACAGACAGCAUAAGAGAUACCAACACUUUAAUACCUGAAGCAUUUUGGUCCUCAGUACUGAUGGAUGAUGACAGCCUAUGCUUAGAUGACUAUAACUGGAACUUGACUGAAGGGGAGCUAAGUGAAGCAGAAAAACAGGAAGCCAUAGAAGAAACCCUAGGGAAGAUGGACCACAGUGAAGAUGGAGAAGAGAAUGAGAGUGACUGGGAGAAGAAGACCAGAAUUGAGGCAUUUAACCAAUUUUAUGGUGACCAGACUGAGACAUGGGGUGAAAUAGGCAGGAAUCAUAGAGUUACCUUUUGCUUGGAUCAUGAACCUUCUGAAUAUGAGGAGGACUCUGAAAGCACUGAAGAGGAACAGGACAAAGAGCCCCACGCAGCUGUUACUACGGUGAAACCUGAGUACCACAGUGAGUCAGAUGAGCCAGAAGAGAAGCUUUUCCAUCCGGAGAAGCCAAAGACACGACCAAAGGAGCAGCAACAUGUGAGCCCAGCACUGAAGACACACCCUCAAAGAAACAGGUGUCUUGCUGUGCUGAAAUCAGCUUUAGCACUGGGCCUGAUGACAGCAGUAGGUGUGCUGUCUUUCUGGUGGGCAACAGACAGUCUGGACCAGACACACUGAAUUCAAACCUUAUUGUUGAUUAUUAAUUAAAAAUAACUCAAUGUAGGUUGGAAGAAUCAAUCUAAUAAAAAAAGCCCAGAUAUUCUACACUGUUGCGACAUAGGUAUAAAUAUAGAAAAGGGGGCAUGGAUUACUCUUUGAAUUUUUAGUUAAAAAAAGAAAACCAUUGAUGUCAUAGUGGUUUGUUGAUCCUGGUGAAAAAUAACAUCCAGUGAGUCAGCUGUGAUUGGACCAACUUUAUUUCCUUACAGAUUACAAUGUUUCAACAUGCUCCAGGGCUGUGUUUUUAAAUGGUGAAAAAGACAUUUGUCUCACCAUAAUGUAAUUACUCUGUAUACUUCAACAUUAAUGUUGGCCUACAGGAAAACAAUCUAUUUCAGUGCACAGAUGUUUUUAUCACUGUUUUUCUUCUUUAUAGGCACAUAAUCUAUUGUUACCAUUAUCAAUUAAAACAAAUUCCUCUAAUCAUGCCAUGCAGUUAGUGUGAAUAGUGGGACUGAAUAUUUCCACCUUUUUUAUAUUAAAGCAUUGACUAUGAUUUCUUGGUGCAAGAUACCAUUUCUGUGAAACUUCAUGACCCUUUGCCAUCAUGCUCUACUGUAAAUUCAGCUCAAUCCCAUAACAUUUCCUGUGCCUUCUUACAGUGAAGAACAAUUAGGAUUAAACAAGUAAUGAUGCUUUUUUUUGGUUUCUUUUUCUGUUUAACACAAGCUACAUUUCUAGCAAGCAACGG